AAAAACAAGUCCAUAUUUUCUCCCUCUUCUUUCGUAUCGAAUUUAGACACUGAAAUUUUUCAAGUCAAGACCAAAAAUCUCAAGGACGACGCAAGCAGCCAUUCCAACCCCAGAGCUCCACCACCAUAUUACUCUCUCUCUUUCUCUCUCUCUCUGUCUCUCUCUUUGCUAUUCCCACUCCAAAUAUCAGAGAAAAAAUAAGACGAAAAGUAGAAAAAAGAAGACGAAAAGUAGUUAUUGUUCUGUUCUUUAAUGGAGCCGCCGGAGGAUAAGAGAGCACCGUUGGAUGCGGCGGAGGAGGUAAUUCUUCGGUGGGACUCAACGGCGUCGGAGGAAGCGCGGGAGAGAAUGAUAUUUGAAUCCGAUCGCCAAGAGGUCGAUCGCUACUUGCAGGCCGUCGAUGAAAUCCAACUGUCACUGUCGUCGGUGUCUCUCUCCGGCGACGAGCAGCAAAGCGGAAACAAGGCCAACUCGACCAUUCAGAUCGCCAUGGCUCGGCUCGAGGACGAGUUCCGCAACAUCCUCCUCAACCACACCUCUCCGAUCGAGCCCGACUCCUUCGACUCCACUGCCCUCUCCGCCGAUCCUGGCUCCUCCAGCCGCUCCUCUAUCGACACUCCCUCUGCAGAGCUCGACGAGCUCGACGAUGACCAUCUGAACGAGGAAGAUCUCUCGGCAAGCAGCGACAGAUCGAGUUACAGGUCCACGAGCAGCAUCCGCGAGAUCGAUCUAGUGCCGUCGGAAGCGGUGCUCGACCUCCGGAGCAUUGCCGAGCGGAUGGUCUCCGCCGGUUACCUCCGCGAGUGCAUUCAGGUCUACGGAAGCGUCCGGAAAUUGGCCGUUGACGCGAGUUUCCGGAGGCUGGGAAUCGAGAAGCUGAGUAUCGGAGACGUGCAGAGGUUGGAGUGGGAGCAGCUGGAGACGAAGAUCCGACGGUGGAUACGCGCCGCGAAGGUCUGCGUUAGGGUUGUGUUCGCGAGCGAGAAGAAGCUCUGCGAGCAGAUAUUCGAAGGGAUCGGAACCGCUGUGGACGACGCGUGCUUCAUGGAGACGGUCAAGGGUCCGGCGAUCCAGCUCUUCAACUUCGCCGAAGCGAUCAGCAUAAGCCGGCGGUCCCCCGAGAAGCUGUUCAAGAUCCUCGACCUCCACGACGGGUUGAUGGAUUUGAUUCCAGACAUAGACGUCGUGUUCGAAUCCAAAUCGUCCGAGUCGAUUCGGGUUCAGGCGGCGGAGAUUUUGUCUCGGCUGGCUGAGGCGGCGAGGGGGAUCCUAUCAGAGUUCGAGAACGCAGUGCUCCGGGAGCCGUCAAGGGUUCCGGUGCCGGGCGGGACGAUUCACCCGCUGACGAGGUAUGUGAUGAAUUACAUAAGCUUGAUUUCGGAUUACAAGCAGACUUUGAAUGAGCUUAUCGUGUCGAAACCGUCUACCGGGACGAGGUAUUCGAGUGAUCCGACGACUCCGGAUAUGGAGUUCGCGGAGCUGGAGGGGAAGACCCCUCUGGCGCUCCAUUUGAUUUGGGUGAUUGUUAUUUUGCAAUUCAAUUUGGAGGGCAAGUCGAAGCACUACAAGGAUCUUUCCUUGGCCCAUUUGUUUAUGAUGAACAAUGUGCACUACAUUGUUGAGAAGGUGAAAGGAUCGCCGGAACUGAGAGAAAUGAUCGGAGACGAUUACCUGAAGAAGCUAACGGGGAAGUUGAGGCAGGCGGCGACGAAUUAUCUGAGGGCCACUUGGGUGAGGGUGUUGUAUAGUCUCAGAGAUGAGGGGUUACACGUGAGUGGGAGUUUUUCAUCUGGGGUCUCCAAGAGUGCUUUGAGAGAGAGGUUUAAGUCGUUCAAUGCCAUGUUUGAGGAGGUUCACAGGACUCAGGCCACAUGGUUGAUACCCGAUGUUCAGCUCAGGGAGGAGCUGCGGAUAUCCAUAUCGGAAAAGUUGAUCCCGGCUUAUCGGUCGUUUCUUGGGCGGUUCAGGAGCCAUAUAGAGAGCGGAAAGCACCCGGAGAAUUACAUCAAGUACUCGGUGGAGGAUUUGGAGGCUGCUGUCUUGGAUUUCUUCGAGGGUUUUCCAGUAUCCCAGCACUUGAGGAGGAGAUCUCAGUGAGGGAUUGAAGUUGAGUUUUGUGAGUUAGAAAACUAGGACUCAAAAUUCUUUUAAUUUUUUGUGGAGUAUUUGGGUGAUGUGGUGCUGGUCAAUCUGUGGGAUUUCCUGAGCUCUCUGAUUCUUUUGACAUUUUCAUCAUUCAAUAUUCUGUGGGUUGGACAAGAUCAACUUCUUUGGGGACUCUCCCGAGAAAGCCAAUUCCCUCAGCCUGAAUGCUUCUGCCCUGCUUCGCAUGACUUCUAUUCCAUGUAAUGUUUCCAGCCUUGAUGAGUUGAAUAUCGAAAAUGGAGUAUUAGAUGCCUAAUUGAGAAUUGCUUUAAGAUGUUUACUAGGUAAAACCAUGUAUGAGUUCAAAUUUGGUAUAAGUUGAUUGCUUUACACGGGUCCGGAAUUUUUCCUUCCGUGGUGGGUACACGAGGUGACCUACCUUAGGGGUUUCGUAGUCAAAAAAAUUGGUAUAAGUUGAUCAUCCCGGCAGCUACUUAUCUAGUUGCUUGGUCUGUUCACCUGUCUCCUUCCAAGCUGCAUCCCCUGUAUUAUUGAGCCUCUUCCUACCUCACCCUAAACUUAAGCUCAAGAGAUGGAACACAGGUUCAGCACCCAAGUUUGGAAGUGGGGUAGCUAGGGCUCAGAACUGGCUCUUGGAACAAUUUACAGAAAAUCCAAGAGAUUGGUGCCAUAUCAGCAUGAAGAUAUAAGAUAUUAAUGACAAUUAGCAAAGAAUUGGAUAUUUCUUUCUCUUUUUGAUUUGGGAGGUGGAAGAUGUGCUUCAAGAGUGUCGAUAUAAACAAGGCAUCAUAUACCUCCUUUUCAGGGUUAUCAUGUUGAGUACACAAGUCUAGUGAAAAAAAAAAAAAAAAGCCAACCAUGUUUUGGUGCCUCAUGGAGAAGAAAAUUUGAGUAUAGCGUGUUAUGCAAUUUUUUUUUUUUUUUACCUCUUUUUUAUGAAAGAUUUUAAAUCUUAA